AUGACAGCAUCAGAUGACCGACCGAUUGUGGGUCCAAUGUUAGUCUGGUUAGAUGUGCUGGAAAAGGAUUUUGAUAAGGCAUUCGUUGACUUGGAUUUAUUGCUUGGAGAGAUUGAUGUUGAUCAGGCAGAUAUAAUGUUUGAAAGUCGACAAAAGAUGACUGCUUUGAGUAGUGCAUUUGCUCAACUUGUCCACAAAGCGCAAACAAUCUUUCAGUGUAAUUUGCGCCAAGAAGCAGAAUUAGCUCAACUUCGACAAGAUUUUUGCUCUUCGCGAGCUGCUCAGAUAGAAUUAGAACGUGAAUCUCAACAACUUAUGCUCCAAGUUCAUAGAUUGCAUUGUCAAGUGCAUUCUAAAACUGCUCCACAUGAAUCAGAUAUGAUCAAGAAAAAACUAGAACAAGAAAUCUUGGAUUUCCGAUCUGAAAUUCGACCUCCCGCGAAACUUCGCUCGGAAGUAGAAUUUCUGCGUAAAGAAAACAAAAAAUAUCGUCAAAUGAUUUUAGCUAUACAAAAUGAAGUUUAUGGUGCACGACUCGCUGCUAAAUACUUGGAUAAAGAGCUCGCUGGAAGGAUUCAGCAAAUUCAACUUCUUGGACGAGAUAUGAGAGGUGCUGAACACGAUCGGCUAUGGAAUCAGCUAGAAGCAGAAAUUCAUCUUCAUCGUCAUAAAACUGUAAUUCGGGCUUGCAGAGGAAGACGCGCGAAUCAAAAGCAUUUACCAUUGCCACCUCAACAUGAUUAUAUAAGUUUAAGGAAGCACAAAGGUGUUGGACAAAUGCGCAAUGUAAUUUUGACUAAAGAACCACAUGAAGGUCUUGGCAUAUCAAUUACAGGUGGUAAAGAGCACGGAGUACCAAUUUUGAUUUCGGAAAUUCAUCCCAAUCAACCUGCUGAACGUUGUGGUAAUUUAUUCGUAGGCGAUGCCGUACUGUCCGUUAAUGGAAUCGAUCUCCGUACUGUAAAGCAUAAUGAAGCUGUGCAUAUACUUUCUGAACAGGAAGGUGAACUACAUUUAGAAGUUGUUUAUGUGGCUCCAGAUCAAGAUAGUGAUGAUGAUGGUGAUGUAAUGAUCGAAACUCAAAAUGGAUAUCUAUUCAACUUAUACGAGCCCUUUGUUGAUGGUGAACAAAAAAUGACAAGUUCAAGCACGCUGGAUAACACUGCGAGCAGUUGUCCCUCUUCAGCAUCUCAUCAUAGUGAUAAUAACAAUUGUGUUGCUGAUAAUAUUAAUUUACCAAGAACGAUAGAUGGAAAGAAAUCUUCUCAGCAAUAA